AAUCCAGAGGAUUUUUCGCAAUUAUCGGAUUUUCGAUCUGCAAAGAUGUGUAAGCCGGCUGUGGUUACGUAAGCCAGCUUGUCUUAUAAAUACCCCUGAUAGCCACACUUGAGCUAGGAUCUGCAAUUGAGAUGAUUUCCCCAAAGUAUUACACCCACUACUACUACGCCUUCAAGCAAUUGAGUGCCAAGUCCGCUGCUGACGCCCCCCAUGUGAUCAACUUGUACCUUGACUACACCUGUCCUUUCAGUGCCAAGUUGUUUGGAAAGUUGUACAACUCUGUGAUCCCCAAACUUCAUGAAAAACAUCCCAACAAGUUCCAGUUCGUGUUUGUUAACGUGAUCCAACCAUGGCAUCCAAAUGCUACCCUUGCUUUUGAAUUUGCAUUGGUUGCAGCUGGAUUGUUGGCUGAAAAGACCCCAGAAGAAGCCAACAAGACUUACUGGGCUCUUUCCUCCACUCUUUUCAAGAAUGCACUUCAAUUCCAAGACAGUUAUAACGUUGACUUGAACAGAAACGAGAUCUACGAACAACUCUAUGAAAUAGUUGCCAAGGAAUUGGAGUUACCAUUCUCCAAGAGUGAGAUUUUGGAUAAGUUGCAAAUAAAGCCAAAUAAGGUAGAUGUAACCAACGCUGGUAAUGGUGCCACUGCUGCUGGCAAAUACUUCACCAAGUAUUUGAGAGGUGUCGGAGUUCACGUAACCCCAACUGUCUCUGUUGAUGGUAUCGUCGACAACUCAGUUUCGAGUGGCAGUGAAAUUGAUGAAUUGGUCAAGGUUUUCGAAGCACACUUAUAAGUUCGUGAAAGUCCAUCUUAUGAUCUAACGAAGAAUAAUCGAAUCUACUGAUUUUACCUAUUUACACUUAAAUUGUGUCA